AUGGGUCCUAACCCAGAUCGAGAACUCUUCCUCGAUUCAACGGGUACAGAACAGCCAUUCUUCAUACUGACGCCUGCACGAAAAGAUGGUUCAGGUUCAUUCUUGGCAGGCUGCAGCCUGGAAGAGAAACUCAAGCGAUGGGUCCUAACCCAGGCGAUUGACUCUACACGAGAAACUUCACCAGGCCGACACAUUGAAAGGAUUGACAGAUCGAGAGCUCUUUCUCGAUUCAACGGGUACAGAACAGCCAUUCUUCAUACUGACGCCUGCACGAAAAGAUGGUUCAGGUUCAUUCUUGGCAGGCUGCAGCCUGGAAGAGAAACUGAAGCGAUGGGUCCUAACCCAGGCAUAGUCGUAGUGCAUAGGCACCUCCAUGAUUCGAUCAGACAUAAAUAUAUUUGGGAAGCUCUAAAAGAAUGUGGUGUUGACAAACUCUACAUUGAUGUAAUCACUGAACUAUGUAGGAAUCGAAAGGCAUUUAUAGCUAUAGAUAGGGAAGAACAGCCAUUCUUCAUACUGACGCCUGCACGAAAAGAUGGUUCAGGUUCAUUCUUGGCAGGCUGCAGCCUGGAAGAGAAACUGAAGCGAUGGGUCCUAACCCAGGAAACUUCACCAGGCCGACACAUUGAAAGGAUUGACAGAUCGAGAGAUCUUUCUCGAUUCAACGGGUACAGAACAGCCAUUCUUCAUACUGACGCCUGCACGAAAAGAUGGUUCAGGUUCAUUCUUGGCAGGCUGCAGCCUGGAAGAGAAACUGAAGCGAUGGGUCCUAACCCAGAACAGCCAUUCUUCAUACUGACGCCUGCACGAAAAGAUGGUUCAGGUUCAUUCUUGGCAGGCUGCAGCCUGGAAGAGAAACUGAAGCGAUGGGUCCUAACCCAGGCGAUUGACUCAACACGGGAAACUUCACCAGGCCGACACAUUGAAAGGAUUGACAGAUCGAGAGCUCUUUCUCGAUUCAACGGGUACAGAACAGCCAUUCUUCAUACUGACGCCUGCACGAAAAGAUGGUUCAGGUUCAUUCUUGGCAGGCUGCAGCCUGGAAGAGAAACUGAAGCGAUGGGUCCUAACCCAGGUACUUUCCAGUUGGAACAGUCUGAAGACGGCUCAUAA